AUGUAUCCAGACUCUUUCGAAGGAUUUGCCGUCACAGACACCAAGAAGUGGUCCACCGUGUCCAAGAUCGAAUUCAAGCCAAAACCGUUUGGCGAGUACGACAUCGACAUCCGCAUCCACGCAUGUGGCAUCUGCGGUUCAGACGUUCAUACGGUUUCCGGGGGAUGGGGGCAGCCUGACCUGCCGGUCAUUGCUGGCCACGAAAUCAUCGGAGAGGCCGUCAGGGUCGGCGACAAGGUCACCACCGUCAAGAAGGGGCAGCGUGUGGGGGUCGGAGCCCAGAUUUGGUCCUGCUUGAAGUGCGAUGCCUGCAAAGCCAACCAGGAAAACUACUGUCCCCACAUGGUCGACACGUACAAUUCCAACUAUCCAGACGGCUCCAAGUCGUGGGGAGGCUACUCGUCGCACAUUCGUGCCCACGAGUACUUCGUGUACCCGAUUCCUGAUGCUCUAAAGACAGAGGAGGUCGCCCCAAUGCUUUGCGCGGGCACCACUACGUACUCGCCACUCGUCGACAACGGCUGCGGCCCGGGCAAAAAGGUGGGGGUCAUUGGAAUCGGCGGACUGGGCCACUUUGCUAUCAUGUUUGCCAAAGCUCUUGGUGCAGAGGUUUGUGCGUUUUCCCGGAGUAGCAAGAAAGCAGAGGACGCCAAGAAACUUGGUGCGUCCGAGUUUGUUGCUACGGGCGAGGACCCCGACUGGCCGACCAAGCACCAGCGGGAGUUUGACCUGAUUAUUUCGUCGUCGAGCUCGGUCGAAAACUUCAAUCUUGAGGGCUACCUGGGCUGUCUCAAAGUCAAGGGUAAGUUUGUGUUUGUUGGUAUGCCUGAGGACCCGGUGGAGGUGAAACUGCCUUCUCUCAGCCAGUCUGCCAUCUCGUUCAGCUCUACCCACCUGGGCAACAGACAGCAGAUCUUGAGCAUGUUAAAGCUGGCGGCCGAGAAGGGUGUCAAGGCCUGGACUGAGUGUCUGCCUAUCUCCGAGGAGAACAUCAAGCAGGCUCUGGAGAGAACACACUCUCACGACGUCAGGUUCCGGUUUGUUCUGACCGAUUACGACAAGAAGUUUGGCCGAGACUAG